UUUACUGACACUCUCGUUCAAUCUCAUUCAGCUCAUUCAUCAUUCCUGAUGCUCAAACAGCAGAUCUUGAUGCUACCAACGUCAAGGUCAUGGGUUUGAUUCCUUCAAUUCAAUGCGGGUCCAAAGCCAUGACAUCAGAGGAGGAGGGGCCUGCCGUGGUGGGGGCGGAGCCACACAUGGACCUGUGUGCCUCUCCUGGCUGGGAUGGGCUUGUUGAAGAAGAGGCGGGGCCUGCGGAGCAGGUGGCUGAUGAUGUCAGCAGUGAGUUAAGCGCUCUGGUCGUCCCGUACCCAGAACUAGCACCCAUCGUCUUCUUCUGCCUCAAACAGACCACGUGUCCUCGCAGCUGGUGCAUCCGCAUGGUGUCCAGCCCGUGGUUCGAGCGAGUCAGUAUGAUGGUGAUCCUGCUGAACUGUGUGACGCUGGGGAUGUACCAGCCCUGCGAGAACAUCGACUGCUCCUCCGAACGCUGCCAGAUCCUGCAGGCCUUCGACGCCUUCAUCUACAUCUUCUUUGCGCUGGAGAUGGUGGUGAAGAUAGUGGCUCUGGGGAUCUUCGGCCGGCGCUGUUAUCUGGGAGACACCUGGAACAGACUGGACUUCUUCAUCGUGAUGGCCGGGGUGGUGGAGUAUUCUCUGGACCUGCAGAACAUUAACCUGACGGCCAUCCGGACGGUGAGAGUCCUGCGGCCGCUCAAAGCCAUCAACAGAGUCCCCAGCAUGAGGAUCCUGGUGAAUCUGCUGCUGGACACGCUGCCGAUGCUGGGGAACGUGCUGCUGCUGUGCUUCUUCGUCUUCUUCAUCUUCGGCAUCAUCGGUGUGCAGCUCUGGGCUGGACUUCUGCGCAACCGCUGCUAUCCGGAGGAAAACUUCACCCUCUCAACAGGUGUGGCACUCCCUGCUCCAUACUACUCUCCCGAUGAGAAGGACGAGAGGCCCUUCAUCUGCUCUCUGCUGCAGGAUAAUGGCAUCAUGUCGUGCAGUGACGUGCCGGCGCGGCGUGUGGCGGGACAUCAGUGCUGUCUGGAAGUAGAUGAUCUCCUGCACCAUCAGGCGCUGGGCCUCGUGACCGAGCCUUUCCUCAACGCCAGCGCCGUCGUCCCCGGGCUCUGUGUCAACUGGAACCGAUACUACACACGCUGCCACACCGGACACAGAAACCCACACAAAGGAGCCAUCAACUUUGACAACAUCGGAUACGCCUGGAUCGUUAUAUUUCAGGUUAUUACUCUGGAGGGUUGGGUGGAAAUCAUGUAUUACGUCAUGGAUGCUCACUCAUUCUACAACUUCAUCUACUUUAUUCUGCUGAUUAUAGUCGGCUCGUUCUUCAUGAUAAACCUGUGUUUGGUUGUCAUAGCGACUCAGUUUUCAGAGACCAAACAGCGUGAGCAUCAGCUGAUGCAGGAGCAGCGAGCCGCCUGUUUGUCCUCUAGCACGCUGGCCGAACCCGGCAACUGCUACGAAGAGAUCUUCCAGCUUGUCUGCCAUGUCCUCCGCAAGGUGCGCCGACGCACCGCUGACUUCUUCAGGAUGCUCUGCUGCAAACCACCGGAGCAGAUGCAUGAGAAAACAAACAUCAACGGAGGAGAGAAGAGCCUCCAACAACAUGGUCAGGAGGGGAGGGUGGGGAUUGGAUGGAAGGAUGAAUGGAUGGAUGCAUGCAGCUCUAAGCUCUUCUCUCACUGCACUACAGAUGGAGCUGCACCUGCCGCCUCAGCAGCCAAUCAGGAGACAGAGGAAGAGGUGGACAACGAGACAGAGAGGUGCAAAAGGGCAGAGGGGGCGUGUCGGGGGCGGAGCCGAGAGCUGUGGAUGGAGAUGAGGGUCAAACUGUGGAGCAUCGUGGAGAGUAAAUACUUCAACAGAGGAAUCAUGGUGGCCAUCCUCAUCAACACCAUCAGCAUGGGCAUAGAGCACCAUGAGCAGCCAGAGGAGCUCACUAAUGUUCUGGAGAUCUGUAACAUCGUCUUCACCAGUAUGUUUGCUCUGGAGAUGAUCCUCAAGCUCACAGCAUUCGGCUGCUUUAAAUACCUGCGCAAUCCGUACAACAUCUUUGAUGGGAUCAUCGUGAUCAUCAGCGUGUGUGAGAUCGUGGGUCAGUCUGACGGCGGUCUCUCGGUGCUCCGCACCUUUCGGUUGCUGCGGGUCCUGAAGCUGGUUCGGUUCAUGCCGGCGCUGCGCAGACAGCUGGUGGUUCUGAUGAAAACAAUGGACAAUGUGGCCACAUUCUGCAUGCUGCUGAUGCUCUUCAUCUUCAUCUUCAGUAUUCUGGGAAUGCAUAUAUUUGGCUGUAAGUUCAGUCUGAAGACGGACACCGGAGACACGGUCCCAGACAGGAAGAACUUUGACUCUCUGCUGUGGGCAAUCGUCACUGUGUUUCAGAUCCUGACUCAGGAGGACUGGAACGUGGUCUUGUAUAACGGCAUGGCCUCCACGUCUCCUCUGGUGGCUCUGUACUUCGUGGCUCUGAUGACAUUUGGGAACUACGUGCUGUUCAACCUGCUGGUGGCUAUUCUGGUGGAGGGAUUUCAGGCCGAGGGUGAUGCCAAUCGCUCGUACUCUGAUGAUGAUGAUGAUGAUGAAGGAUCCUCCUCUAAUGGAAGUGAACAGCACAAAAACUCGCUCACGUCCUCCGAUCCCAAGCUGUCAUCUCUCACUCCUAAUGGGCAUCUGGAUCUGGCACCGCUGGCGGAGGAGAAGACCAGGACCGACUUCUCAGAGGAAAACCACCGGAGCAGAACCAUCUGCCUGGACAGGAGAUCCUCGUCUCUGCGCCACAGCCGCAGUUCCCAUUACCAUCACUGGGGGCGUCCUCCCCCUCAGCCGUCCUGGAGCCGGCGGUGUAGCUGGAACAGCGCGGGUCGCUCCGCCCGUGGCCUGAGGGCCGGAGGGGUCAUCGGGGGGAGCUUACGAGUCCGCGGCGUUCACUCGCACCCCGCCGAACACGAGUCUCUCCUGCCCCACCCGCCAUUCCUGUCUCGCCGACACCGCCGCGCUCUAUCACUUGAGCUGCCCGAGCUCCUGCAGCGCCCCCCGCUGGUCUGGAAGAAGAGUGUGUCUGCAGAACACCAGGACUGUAAUGGGAAGGGCCCGGGCCCUCAGGGGCCACUGCUGGGAGAGGUUUAUCCACAGCUCAAUGCACGCAAAAACAAGAAUGACCUGGAGGAAGACACCGAAUAUAGCCUGUGUUUCCGUAUCCAGAAGAUGAUGGAGGUCUAUCGUCCGGAUUGGUGUGAGAGGAGAGAGGAUUGGUCCAUUUACUUAUUCUCCCCUCAGAACAAGUUUCGUCUGCUGUGUCAGACGAUCAUCGCUCAUAAGCUCUUUGACUAUGUGGUUCUGGCUUUCAUCUUCCUGAACUGCAUCACAGUGGCUCUGGAGAGACCCAGAAUCCAUCAGGGCAGUCUGGAGCGAGUCUUCCUCACCAUCUCCAACUACGUUUUCACUGCCAUCUUUGUGGCCGAGAUGACCGUCAAGGUGGUUUCUAAGGGUCUGUAUCUGGGGGAUCGUGCGUAUCUGCGCAGCAGCUGGAACAUUCUGGAUGGGUUUCUCGUCUUCGUGUCUCUGAUUGAUAUUGUGGUGUCGAUGACGGGCGGAGCGAAGAUCCUGGGUGUCCUGCGGGUGCUCAGACUGCUGAGAACAUUACGUCCGCUCAGGGUGAUCAGUCGAGCUCCGGGUCUGAAGCUGGUGGUGGAGACUCUGAUCACGUCGCUGAAGCCCAUCGGAAACAUCGUCCUCAUCUGCUGCGCUUUCUUCAUCAUCUUCGGCAUCCUGGGAGUUCAGCUCUUCAAAGGGAAGUUCUAUUACUGUGUGGGUUUGGAUGUGAAGAACAUCACCAAUAAAUCCGACUGUCUCUCUGCCAAUUACCGCUGGGUUCAUCACAAGUACAACUUUGACAACCUGGGACAGGCUCUGAUGUCACUGUUUGUGUUGGCGUCUAAAGAUGGAUGGGUAAAUAUCAUGUACCACGGGCUGGACGCUGUCGGGAUCGACCAGCAGCCCGUCAUCAAUAACAGCCCCUGGAUGCUGCUGUACUUCAUCUCCUUCCUGCUGAUCGUCAGUUUCUUCGUCUUGAACAUGUUUGUGGGUGUGGUGGUGGAGAACUUCCACAAGUGCCGGCAGCAUCAGGAGGUGGAGGAGGCGCGGCGGAGGGAGGAGAAGCGGCUGAAGCGCAUGGAGAAGAGGAGGCGCAAGGCCCAGCGGCUGCCGUAUCACUCCUCAUACAGUCGCGUUCGGCUGAUGAUUCACUCGUUCUGCACCAGUCAUUAUCUGGACCUCUUCAUCACCCUCAUCAUCUGCAUCAAUGUGGUCACCAUGAGCCUGGAGCACUACAACCAACCACGGUCGUUGGAGACGGCGCUGACAUACUGCAACUACUUCUUCAGCUCCACGUUUGUGGUGGAGGCCAUGCUGAAGCUCGUCGCGUUCGGCUUCAGACGCUUCUUUAAAGACAGAUGGAAUCAGCUGGAUCUGGCCAUCGUUCUGCUGUCUGUGAUGGGAAUCACUCUGGAGGAGAUUGAAAUAAACGCUUCGCUCCCCAUCAAUCCCACCAUCAUCCGCAUCAUGAGGGUCCUGCGCAUCGCCCGCGUUCUGAAGUUGUUGAAGAUGGCCACAGGAAUGAGAGCACUGCUCGAUACCGUGGUGGGGAAUCUGGGUUUGCUCUUCGUUCUGUUGUUCUUCAUCUACGCCGCGCUCGGAGUCGAGCUGUUUGGAGAACUGGGGUGUACGACCAGCAGCCAUGAUGACACGCUGCGCGAGUGUCUGCCGGGCGACAGCUACUCGUGUAACACCAGCCUGCAGAUCAUCUCGCCCAUGUACUUCGUGAGCUUCGUUCUGACGGCUCAGUUUGUCCUGAUUAACGUGGUGGUGGCUGUGCUGAUGAAGCACCUGGACGACUCCAAUAAAGAGGCGCAGGAGGACGCAGAGAUGGAUGCGGAGAUCGAGAUGGAGCUGGCGCAGGGCGGCCUGUGCUGUCUGGGGCGUCCGGAGCGCUCGACCGGGGCCGAUGCGGGCGAGAGGCCGGCGAGAGGCUGCGGAAACAGACAGACGGUUCACACACACGCCAGCACCAGCCAGAGCGGAUUGACACCACACAGAAACACACAGGACACGCAGAACCAGAGGAAACUCUACUCACCGGCACAGGAGAACCAGUGGCUGGAGAGCAUCUCUCUGCUGAUGAAGGACUCGCUGGAUGGAGAAAUGCAGAUGAUUGAUAAUCUAUCAGGAUCUGUGUUCCACCAUUACUGCUCUCCACCAAUCAGACGAGACGGCAGGAGCCAAUCAGGAGAGAUCCGGCUGGCGGAGGUCGAGCAAACGUCUCUGAUGUCGGAGCAGCUGUCAGAUAAAUCCUCCUCACUGGCGCUGCCUGAUGACAUCAGCCUGGACGAGCACAGCGACUACCAGCUGCGGGACAGGGACUGUAAGGAGGAGCAGGGCAGCGAUGACCUGAGCACAGACAAGGUUGUGUGCAGAAGAUUUCAUCCUCUGAGCGAGGCCUGCAGUCCUGGGCGAGACAGACGGGAUCAUCAGCUCCAGUCUCCAGCUCACCGCGGAGAUGGCAGUCAGACGUCUUCACCUCUCUUUCAUCUCCCGGCUGAGUUCUUCCACCCCACCACCGCUGCGAUUCCACAGGGCAGCCCAGCCAUCGGAGCAGCACCGCCGGGCUCCAGACACGCAUCUCCGGCCUCAUGGGCUUCUCUCAGGUCCCCAGGGGCCAACAGCAGGGUCAUGGGCUCUCAGACGUCCCAGAGUAGCUCCUCGCUGGCCACGGGCAGUUCGGUGAGCAGCCUGCAGACCAUGCUGGAGGAGGGCAUCUCUACGCUACCCCUGAUCUGCAGAACCCACAUUCCUCCUCCAGAACUCACCCAGAGACCUUGUACACCACAGACUCUGCUCAACCUCCAGGCCACCAGGGGGUGCCAGAGGAAUCGGAGCAGAUACAGUGACUGCACAAAUCCUAACUGGAUCCGACAGGACCCCUCCGAUGAGGACACUGGAUCCGGGGUUAGGGCUGGAGGACCCGGUCAGGCUGGUAAUCCGGAACAGUUAUCGGAUAAUCUGAGUAGCUACUCUUUGACGUCUCUGCACCCGCCUGAUUCGCUGGCGCCACCAUUGGCCAAGAAGUGCAACAGCACUGGGAGUUUAGUACUGGGGAGUCUAGCGGUCCGGAAUAAAGAUGGGAGGUGCCUUUAUGGAUUCGAUCCCUGGACUGAAGCAACAAGUGAGGAAACUGAGAGGGAUGCAUCCCUCGUUGGCACCAAGACGUGCAACCAGACUGUAGGUUCUGGCUGUCGUAAGAACAGAUGAAAUGCACGGUUCAGUCCAGGUAUGGGACACUGUUUGGUCUCUUCCGUGAACUCGUCUCCAUGUUUAUCUCAAAUGACACAAAUCUGUUUCCUGUUGUGCUACUGACCAGCUCAAGCUCACAGCCACAGCAACACAGUGUCUUUUCUUCUUCAGGGCAUUACACUGGACGCCUCGGAAGAGAUGCAUGGAGUAGCGUAGAAUGCUCUGGAACAUGAGGAACUGAGGAAACUCAUUCAUUCAUAGCAAAAACAGACUAGCAACCUCACCAGCCUGAGUGUGUAGCGAUCUUUAGGUGACACUGGGCGUGUAGCAUGUGACGCGUUCAAAUGCAGAAAGGUGGCGUACGAUGCUGCGUUCAUGUCAUGUUGAAAUUAUUGCCAUUACAAGUGCUGUGCUUGAGAAAACCAUUUUCUCCUAAAAGCAUCUAAUCUUCCUUGAAA